AGAGAGAGAUGGCAUUACAUCACUUCAGGAGGAUAUGAUUGGCUGGAAAUCCAGGCGUCUGCAGUCCUGCACGUCCUCGCCAUAACAACCGAGCUUAAGCUACGUGAUCUCAAAUGCAUUCAUUUCUAUAUAAAAACACAAGGAAUUAAUUGAACUGAUAUUCGACUGUAAAGAUGGCAGAAAGCGAGGUGGACACGCCGAGCACCCCGAUAGAGUACGAGAGCAAAUACUUCGAGUAUCAUGGAGUUCGCCUUCCACCUUUUUGUCGAGGGAAGAUGGACGAGAUCGCUAACUUCUCUCUUAGAAGUAGUGACAUAUGGAUUGUUACUUAUCCUAAAUCAGGUACCAGCUUGCUGCAGGAGGUAGUGUAUCUAGUGAGCCAGGGGGUGGAUCCAGAUGAAAUAGGACUCAUGAAUAUUGAUGAGCAACUUCCUGUUUUGGAGUAUCCUCAGCCUGGGUUAGAUAUUAUACAGGAGCUGACAUCACCUCGUCUGAUCAAAAGUCACCUGCCAUAUCGCUUCCUCCCCACAGCCAUGCAUAACGGCGAGGGCAAGUUUAUCUACAUGGCCCGGAAUCCUAAAGACCUGGUGGUCUCCUAUUACCAGUUUCAUCGCUCUCUAAGAACCAUGAGCUACCGCGGAACCUUUCAGGAGUUCUGCCGGCGUUUUAUGAAUGAUAAGUUAGGAUAUGGCUCCUGGUUUGAGCAUGUGCAGGAAUUCUGGGAACAUCGCAUGGACUCCAAUGUCCUCUUUCUAAAACAUGAGGAUAUGUACAAGGACCUGGGUACACUGGUGGAACAGUUGACACGGUUCCUGGGUAUCUCAUGUGAUAAGGCUCAGCUGGAGAGCAUGGUGGAAAGCUGUAAUCAGCUGAUCGAGCAGUGCUGUAACUCAGAGGCUCUGUCCAUCUGCAGGGGUCGCGUGGGCCUGUGGAAAGACAUCUUCACUGUGUCCAUGAACGACAAAUUUGAUGCUGUGUACCGACAGAAGAUGGGGAAGUCUGAUCUUACCUUUGAUUUUGGUCUGUGAACCAACCACAUGGCAAACUGGACUCUGCUUGACAUUGUCUGCACUCGCUUGAAUGACCCUCAUCCACCUUUCACCUUUUCCUUCUUUUCCUCACUUAGCUUGUGUGUUAAAAAAAAAAAAAUGGUAAAAAAAAAAAAUUGAAAGUCAGCACAUGUAACGCAGCGAAAGGAAAUUUGAUCCAAAGUUGAAUGUAAAGAUAUUUUUCACCCGGAGCUUCAUCAUCAAGUGUGUUUGCAGUGUGUUUGUGUAAUACAGCGCAUCAGCAUUGCUUUAAAGCUUUAGCCUGGUGACAAGUGUGAGUAAAAAUGCUAGGUGCAUUACAUAUUGUAUAGAUCUCUUCUUAUAGUCUCCAUGAAAUGUAUGAAAUGUAUAUUUAUCAAAUAUGGGAAAUAUAUAUUCAUUUAUAUUCUAUAAACUAAAACCUCAAUACAAAGAGAGAUUAGGAAAUGUUUGCUUGAUUUCUUAGCUUUUCGUAAUUACAAAUGGCAAGAUGAUAUAUUGUUUAUGCCGUCAGCCAAUCACAGGUCUGUGUCCUGCCACUGAAAGCAUUGACAAAUUGAAAUAUUUGUAAAAUCAAUCGGCUUUGUUUCUUUGUUCUGUUCUGAUUCCUGGCAUUCUGAUAAAUAUUGUUUAUGUUUGCUGAAGUGAACAGUAUUACAGAUUAUGUUUCUACA